UCCUCCCCAGACGCAGACGCAGACGCACCCAAAACUGCUUUGUCUUCCCAUCGUCUCUCUCUCCCUCUCUCUCUCUCUCUCAGAUCGAUUUUGGUUGGUGCCGAUCAACGGUAGUCUCCGCCGUUUAUCCACCGCCGGAGGAUUUUGUCUUCGUACGUAUGCCUUUUCUUUAUACGCCAUUUGUGUUUUGAUUCGUCGAAAUAUUCGUUGGGUCUGGGUUACAAUAGGAAGAUAAGUGGCUGUUACUGCGUGAGGACGUGCAAAUUGUUUGGAAGUUGUGUUAAGCAUUGGAAUCAUAAUAUAAAAGAAAGAGAUAAGUGUCAUGGGUUCAGUUUGUUGUGUAGCUGUGAAAGACAGAAAAGUUCCUCCUAGUAGUGGACCUGCAGGUGCAGCUCUUCAUCGGAAUGCAGCAUGCUCGCCACAAUGGAGUUUCCGACGUGACAACAGAAGACGAGUUGCUGAUGAGAUUGAAGGUUCACCUUAUUACAGUCCGUAUGUUGGGAGUAGAGGGAUUAGCAUGGAUAAGAUGUCUUUAGGCUCUGAAAGAGGAACUUUGUCUGAGGGAGGAACCCCUCCUGAUGGCCAUUUAGGGACUCCUGCUUCUCAGAAAUCAGCGACCCCAGAAAUGAGCACAAAUUCGAUGGUUCCACUUUCUUCAGAUUCAUCCUUGGCAAGCCAUGAUCCCAUCGAGGUGAAGAAUUUAGUUGACUCAUCGAGUAUUGUUCCAUCAGCUCUUCCGAAGCCUUUGUUCUCCACGCCUUCUCUUGCAACUCCUGUCUGUGAUCUUUCAUCGGCUCACACACGGUUGCUUCCUCCUAAAUCUACCCCAUCAAGACGGGCUCGUCGUUCACCCGGGCAUCAGUUGUUUAGGCAGGUUUCCGAUAGUCAAAUUUUAGGAUUGAAAUCCCCAAAUAAUAAUUACUCAGUCUCUGAAGGAAGGUCAUCCUUUGUGCUUUCGACCUGUAGCAAUGAUUUCGCCACUGGUUCCCAUUACGCUUCUUCUGAAGGUGGCUGGUCGUUGAACACUUUCUCUGAGCUCGUGGCGUAUUCUCAAAGGGAGAGAUGGUCUUUUGAUAGUGAACACUUAGGCUCUGGCAGACGGAAACUUAGUGGUGGUAGCAGCAGAUUUUCCUUCUCCCCUUCCAUUGUCGAUCAGCAGACUUGUGGAGCGUGCUCAAAGUUGCUAACCGAGAGGUCUUCUAUUGCCACUUUCGAACUCCCAAUUGCUGCUGUUCUUGCGUGUGGCCAUGUUUACCACGCAGAGUGCUUAGAGACCAUGACUACCGAGAUAGAGAAGUAUGAUCCUGCUUGCCCCAUAUGCAUGAUUGGGGAGAAAAGGGUUGCGAAAAUAACGAGAAAAGCUCUAAAAGCGGAUGCAGAAGCGAAGGCAAAGCACUACAAAAGAUGUAAAAACCGUGUGGUGGAUAGUUACGGCGAGAGUGAAUGCGAUGAGUUUAUGUUCCAGAAGACGAGUAGCCGAGAAGGAAAAGCUCUGAAGUUGGAACCUAGCUCUAGUAACAAAGGCUCGUCUAAGUCAUUCUUGAAAUGGCACUUCGCUUCUAUCAGCUCCAAGUGGAGUAAACCCUCGUCCAAAGACUCUGCAUUGAAGAAAGGGUUUUGGUCUAGACAUCGUAAUAACCGUUCUUCGUCAAGCAUAGAGGGACUUAACCAGACAUCUCAGCUUUGAUGAAACCCCUCGAUCUGGAUCAGAGGAAUGUGGGUUAAUGUAGGAAAGCUUUGUAAAAAAACAGAAAUUGAGCUUCAGCUUUAGCCUUAAGAGCUGUGUCUUUGACCUUUUUUUUCUUGGAUAUUUUGUGUGUUUCAGUGUAACCUAUGGGGAUAAUUUUUAGUGAUGAAACAAACUUAUGAUUUUAGAGAA